GUAUAGCAAAUCUAGUGACGUUUUAAAAUUCAUCAUGGCGGACCAUAUUUCACUUGAUCAGAAAAAAAUUUUAGAACAAAAAGCUCAACGUCGUGCUGAACUAAGAAAUGAAUUUUUAAAACAACAAAGUAAUCCGUAUCGACAUGCUCAAGGAUCUGGUGGUACAAUCUUUGAUAAAGGUAUUCAACGUUAUCAAGCUUUAAAAACUCUGGGUUAUGAUCAUUUUAAACCAACUCCAAAAACAGCUCUAAAUGGUUUAUUAAUUCUUGUAAUACCAAUGGUAACUUUUGGUUAUUUUCUUAAAAAGUCAAGAGAUGCACAAGAACAAAUGUUCCGUAGCGGUCAGGUAGCUUAUAAGGAUCGUAAAAACAAAUUUAUUUAAAUCAAGAUUUAUAUUAAUUCAUAUUGUAAAUUGUGUAGUAUAAAAUUUAAUUGUUAAAUAAAUUUUCGUUUUCAUUUUAA